GUGGGUGGCAGCAGCAGCAGAAACGACCUCCAGGCCUCUCUGCGGCCUUCACGACCCCCCAGGUAUGCCGUGUGGGUCUCGGCAGCACCAAUGGCUUUCCUGUCCAGGUUCUACAGGAACAGCACCAGGUCACCGAGCCGACCCGCGCGCGAGGAGCGCAGCAGCCACCCCAUCCUCAGCGUCUUCGAGCUGGAAAGGUUGCUGUACACGGGGAAGACAGCCUGUAACCAUGCUGAUGAGGUCUGGCCAGGACUCUACCUGGGAGACCAAGAUAUAGCGUCGAACCGACGUGAGCUGGCUCACCUGCGCAUCACCCACAUCCUCAACGCCUCCCACAGCAAGUGGAGGGGAGGGGCCGAGUACUACGAGGGCACAGGCAUUCGCUACCUGGGCAUCGAGGCCCACGACUCACCUUCCUUUGACAUGAGCCCCUACUUCUACCCUGCAGCUGACUUCAUCCACCAAGCGCUGAACGAAGGAAGGAUCCUUGUGCACUGUGCUGUCGGGGUGAGCAGGUCAGCCACCUUGGUCCUCGCCUACCUCAUGAUCCGUCACCACAUGCCCCUCGUAGAAGCCAUAAAGACAGUCAAGGACCACCGUGGAAUCAUCCCCAACCGUGGGUUCCUGCGCCAGCUGGUCGCCCUGGACAAUGCCCUGAGGCUGAAGAGGAGCUCAUGAAGGAGGAUGAGGGGGUGGUGCAGUGGGAAUGGUGUGUGUGUGGUGGGAGUGAUGUGUGUGCAGUGCCCACCCGACCCUGUGCCCACUGAGCAGCAGGUAGAGUCUUCUCACAGUGCAAACGCUUGGCAGCUCGUGGGUUACAUGCAGCCUGAGCCCCUCCUCAGCUCAGGGGGUCCCCAGACCUGCCAGCUAUUCCUAGUGGUACAGCAUAGGCCCUCAACC